AUGAUCGAAAUUGGAACAGAGCCACGUGCGGGAACAUUGGAAUGGUUGGAUAAUGAAAGAAAUCGAGUCUCAUGGACAGAGCUACGAACUUCUUUUCACCUACUUUAUAGGCAUACGGCCACAGAUUCUCUCAGUGACUCUCUGAUUUUCCAUGUCUAUGCUGCCAGGGAAUCAACGAGAAGAGCGAGUCGGAUAAGGAUUUCAGUGGAUAUUCAAAUUAAGAACCCACCGGAUCCGGAUGUUCAGGUGAUCCUCUUCCCGGAUUCCGUCUCGAUCCUCAACAGUGGAUCCACUCCUCUCCUAGCCGAUAUGCUCAUGACACGUCACAAGACAGUGCCUCCCCAAUCCAUAGUCUACAGUACCCAGCAACGAGGAGCCAAUGGAGUGACUAUCCGGAGAGAAGACGAUGAAAUCGAUCAGUUCUCUCAGCAAGAAGUGAACGACGGAAAGAUUUCCAUCUGGCACACUGCCAACAGGCAUCAACCGACUGCCACGUGGCAUGAUGUCAUUGUUUUGGAUAUUGAGGGACACACGAGAUCAUUGAUAGUUGAUAUUCGACCACUGGAUUUGAUGUUGAAGAAUCAUUCGACGAUUUGGUAUCCACAGGGAAAAACUUAUGUUGUGUUGAACUCGGAGCAUCUUGGAGCGUUUUCAAUGGGGAAUCGGAGUAGUUUGAAGUAUAAAAUAACGAGUGGACCGGAGAAUGGAACAUUUUAUUGGGUUGCUGGAGAGAAAGAGGCAAAAGAGUUCAGUCAGAAGGAUAUUGAUGAUGGAAGGGUACUGUAUGCACAAUUGAAUAUGCAUUCUUAUCAGGACAAAUUCGACUUCGUCGUUGAAAAUGACUCUCGUGACGUGCUCCGAAACAGCUCAGAGCUCAAAGUUCGAGCUCUGGUUACUGUACAACCAGUGAUUGUCGAGGCAGAUACGGCGACUCCUUUGACGACUUCACAGAUAAAUGCAUCGACGCUUUUGAAUGCGACCCCUCGAUUCUUCCUGACAUCUCCUCUUAAAUACGGACGGCUCACUUUCGACCCGAACACCAACUAUUCCACGUACUAUUUCACUUAUACAGAUAUCCAAAAGGGUAUUGUAUAUUACAAAGCAUUCAGUACAGACGAGGAAGUUCACGAAAUUGUACAGCUGGAAGUACGUGCUGACAACGUGCAACCUGCUCGAUUCACAAUGCCCAUCACUAUUCUCCGUGCUGAUAUGGAAUCGUAUGACUUGGCGCCUUCUGGAGAUUCUAAUGGGACACCUUUCUCGAAUGGUGGAUCUGGUCUCCCUAAAUUCUCAAUACUUGGAGAAAACAGUCUUCCUGUUGUGAUCCUUGGCGCUAUUGUAGCCGCAACUAUGUUUGUUUUGAUAUGUAGAAGAUGUGGGGAUGGAAAGAAAAAGAAUAAAUCAAGAACACCUAUCAGUACGAAGCUGGAUACUCCAACAAGACUUCCACCGUCUCCAUCGGAAAGUAUAGAUCAUGAGAAACCACCAGAUUUGUUGGGGACUACUGUAUUCGCGUCGGUGAGACAAGCGGAGGAUAGAAUGACCAUGAAGUCAUUCAAUAAACCGCCGAAGCCGGAGAACGCGUCAUCCCGGAAACCUCCGAACCCCCGUCGCCAGAAUGUCUCCUCACUAGACUAUGCUGGAAUCUCAUCUGACACGCCCCCUCCAAUGCGACUCUUCGAGCAGGUUGCUCAAACUCAACCGACAAAUCAUUAUUGGGUCUAG